CCAAUUCUCAUAAGUUCGAAUAUUCAAUACCCUCUUCAAAAAUAUCCAAAAUCCUUAUUUUCCUCACUGUCUUAAAUCUUUUGCAAAUUUCACACCACUAUAAUAGGAACAUCACAAACCGGAGAUGUACGGACACAGUACAUACGAAUCAGAUUUGGCACUCUAUUCGAUUCGCCGCCACUUGCUCGGCGAUUCCGAAUCAAUAUUCGGAAUCCCCGCAUGUGCAUCGGGUCGGGCAUCCGGUGUCAGCCUAUUGUACUCCUGUUUGAGCGACAAUUGGGGUGACCUUCCGUUAAAGGAGGAUGAUUCCGAAGACAUGGUGCUCUACGGCGUGCUCCGUGACGCCGUUAACGUGGGGUGGGUCCCAUCUCUGGAGGCCGGGUCGCCCGAUACCGUGUUGUCGGGUUUUCCUACGGAUUUCACGGUGAAGCUGGAACCGGACGUGAUGCCAGCGGUGACGAGUUCGCCUCCUUUGACAGCGGUGGUGAAGCAGGAGAAGCAGGCUUCUCCGGCGAAGGGGAAGCACUAUCGCGGCGUGAGACAACGGCCGUGGGGGAAGUUCGCAGCGGAGAUCCGGGACCCGGCGAAAAACGGGGCGCGGGUUUGGCUGGGAACGUUUGAGACCGCGGAGGAUGCGGCGUUAGCCUACGACCGUGCCGCCUACCGUAUGCGGGGGUCGAGGGCGUUGCUGAAUUUUCCGUUGAGAGUUAACUCCGGCGAACCCGAGCCGGUGAGGGUGAGUUCGAAGCGGUCUUCAUCGCCGGAAAGUGGGGCGGGUCCGGCGAAGAAAAAGAAAGUGGGGGGGUCUGAGCAAGUGGGAAGUCAAGUGGCAGAGUGCAGACGUGGCGAAGAAUUAUUGGUGAGCUGAGAGAAAUUGGGUGGUGCUGUGUUAAUGAAUUAAAUACAAUUGUAAUUAUUGAGGUGCUUGUAUUGCUCUUACCCCACUCAUCAUCAUCCAACUCAAUUUUGGAAGCUACAAAAAGCUGAAGCUGAAGAGGACCGAGCUUUAAAAAAUAUAGAAUUUAGAAGAUAAUGAAGGAGAGUGAGAUUAUGUGAUUUAGCAAUGUGAAUACCAAAUUUCUUAUUUCUUUGUUAAAA